AUGGGUGACUACUCUAAAUUACUUGAAUUUUACAAAAAAGCACAGAAAAUCUACGAGCAAGCUCUGCCUCCGAAUCAUCCCUCAUUGGCUGGAAGUCACUUGAGUUUUGCAGCGUGUUACGAACGAAUGGAUGAUUACACAGCAGCUAUUAAGGCUGUGAAAAGUGCUAUUCAAAUUCAGCAAAAAGCUUUGGAAGAAGCUAAUCCAGCUAUUGCUUUUACAUUCAACUGGUUUGGAAAAGUUUAUCGCAGUAUGAAAGAUUACUCAACGACACUCGAGUGUUUUGAAGAAUGUCUCGCAAUACGCCGAAAAAUAUUACCUGAAACACAUCAUUACCAGGCUAUUACAUACAAUAAUAUUGGUGAUGUUCAUUGA